AUGGACUACAUGCAAGAGCCUUUUCCCUUUCCGCCUCAGCAUCAAUCUUCCGCUUUCUUCCAAGCCGUCCCAUACCCGCCUUACAUGGUGCAUCCUCAGCAGCAAUUCGACGACUACUAUGGUCCGUACGGAGCCGCUGAGUAUGCCGAUCUCAUGGCCGCUGGCAUGAUGCAUGAUGACUAUCGAGACAUGGACGAGGCCCCUUCUCGGCCCAGACUUACCAAGGAGCAAUUUGACAUUCUGGAGGCUAAAUUCCAAGAAAAUCACAAGCCCAAUUCGCAGGUUAAGAGACAAUUGGCCAUCCAGACAAACUUGAAGAUUCAGCGAGUCGGGAAUUGGUUUCAAAAUCGACGAGCAAAGGCAAAACACGAGAAGAAGAGAGAGGAGUACGAGGCGCAGAAUGCUGCUAAAACUGACGACAAUUCGAAGCCUGGUGAUGCCAACGGGGCAACCGUGUCUACCACUCCCAAGCAAGAAAUCGCCUCUCCUACACGAUCUGUGGCCUCACCUAAAAAGGAAGAAAAGCCAAUCACUCCUACCUCGCCAAUUAAAGUCAAGAUCGCCGGUGAUUCCAAGGAAGCGGGUUGGGCUUCUCUUCAAAGGGCGCUGGGACAAGCAAAGGCCGCGCAUGCCCAACAAGCCCCCCAACCGGAGGUCACAAUGCCCCCUCCACAGUCCAUGUCCACGACCCAGCUUCCUCUCCGAGUGAAUGGCCAUCAACCGAGCUCCUCCACAUCCAGUAUAUCGAAAUGGUCCACUCAACACGCAAGUGCGGUGCCUUAUCCCUCUCCCAUCACGCUUCAGGACACCUCGUUCGAUUUCGGCUUCGACCAAGACGUUUUGACAAACACAUCAAGUCAAGCCAACACAGCAGGAGAUCCCAUCGUCGACUAUGUCCCGGAACCCUUUGUCGUGACUCCUGAAGACUGGCAAGAAACACUGACCACGCCGACCGGUCAUGCUCAGCAGCAGAAUGAACCGGUCGCCGUCUUGCCAUCUCCAGGGUUGACCAUGCCAUCAUAUCCCAGCUCACGACGUCAAUCCACCACAGAAGAGCUUUCCAACAAUUUUGGCAAUUUUGCGUUGGUGAGCAGCUCGCCCAACGUCCCGAUGGGUCGCCGAGGUUCACAGCCGUUUUGCCCACCUCACAGCGGUCCUCUUGAUAUCGCGGCACGACGAAAAAGACCGAGACCAGCUGCUCUCACUUCGGCCUCCCUUCGAAGUCGAUCAUAUGGAGCCUUGACGUCGGUUUCCCCAACCUUCCGACAAGGUGUCAUGACUCCGCCAGUACCUCACGCUGUGCGACAUGUCAAGUCUGCGGGCCAGAGUCUCAACUCCCGCUAUGCAGGAAUCCGCAAAGCCAGUUCAGCCCAGAGAUCGCCAAUGUGUGUACCGAAUUUCGCAGAGGCCGAGGCGUUCGACCAGUUAAUGGCGCAACAAGCAGCCGCUGCUCAGUCACUGGCAGACUUGCCCGCGCCAAUGCUCUCCCCCGAUCUCUAUCCCAAUGACCCAAUGACCGACCCCGAGAAGAACCCGUAUUUUGCACAAUCUGAAGAUCUGCCCCAUCAAUUCUCAAUGCCAACAACACAAAAUCUCGCAAUCACGACCACUUCCCCUCCCAUCACUCCGUUGGUUCCGGAUUUCAUGGCCGGAGCACAAUCGCAGCAGUCCUUGGUUCCUCCUGCUUCAGCUCCCCCACAAUAUGCAUCAUUCCCAGACUAUACACCGCCUUACUCGGCUGGACCUCUGACCAACAGCAGUUGGCCCGACGCACCCCUGACAUCGCCAGAUGUUCCUUCCUUUCCCCCGGUGACUUAUGUUCCUUCUCUUGGAUACCCAUCACAGAGUGAUGGCCCCAAUGGACCAUUCCAACAAUUCAUCUUACCAUCCGACAACAAGUCAGACUUGGGGCUUGAUCUUCAGGCGGACCAGAGGAAAACCGAGUUCUACAUACAAGAAUUUCCCAAUCAGAAAGAAGAACACGCACAUGUGGCCCAACAACUUGCCCAACAAAAGCCCAAAAAUUAUGUAUUUGCAAACACCGCGCCCCAGGACUAUUCAGGGCUUUAA